CUUCAGUCUACCCUCUUUGUGCAAUUUUUCUGAAUAUUUUUCAUAUCCGUAGAAAUGAUCAUGCGCACAUGAGAUAAUAUUAGUUGAUAUAUGUUGAUAUAUAUCAACUGACAAGAGUUACGAGUGUCCGCUUAUUUCAGUGCUAACAAAAUUCCCCAUUUGUAUUACCUAUAUUCAGUUGAUCAUUUACCUAUAAGAAGACUCAUUACUUUCAUUCUUCAGUAUUUGGAUAACCCCGAGCUGUUCACACGCCUUUUUUUGUAGUCCUUAUACUACAUACGAAUGGUGUGGGUGGUAAAACUAUUGCUAUUAUCAACUGUUAUUGCGUGUAAGGAUUUAUUUUUGAAGCAGUGAAAAUACCAAAACAACUGCAAACAUGUUUUGGACUAACAUUUACGCAUUAUCGCCACACAUCGAGGCUCUGCUCAACAAAGAGGAUAUCACUCUGCACGAGCUAAUGGACCAAGAGGAAAUCGUUGCUGAGUGUAAAAGCCAGAAUAAGAAAUUGGUGGAUUUUUUAACAAAGCCUGAAGUUAUCGAGGAGUUGGUGACUUUAACCACUAAAGAACCUUCCAAUGAUGUUGACGAACGUUGGCGUUACAAGUAUCCAAAUGUUGCUUGCGAAUUACUCACUUGCAAUGUACCUACACUUAACGAAAAACUAGCUGGUUCGGAAGCACUACUGGCGAAACUAUAUACGUUCAUUGACACCGAUAAAUGCCUGAAUCCUCUGCUGGCCUCAUUCUUCAGUAAGAUAAUUGGGGUACUGCUGAUACGAAAAAGUGAUCAGAAUUGGUAUUCCUAUCAAUUCAUGUGUUUGCAGGUCCUAGAAUUCCUUAAAAGUCGCCAACAAUGCGUCGAUCGACUUUUACAACACUUGGAAACUUCAGCAAUUAUGGAUUUAGUUCUGAAACUUGUUACCAAAGUUGAGGGCACCGACAUGCGACAGAAUAUCUUGAAUUGGCUGGAUAGUCAGCAUCUUAUACAGCAGUUGAUAAAAAUAUUAUCACCGACAAUGGAUUCAUCGAGACACGGAAAUGCUUCACAAUUACUUUGUGAUAUUAUCAAAUCGGCAAGGGAGUUCAGGAUAACGUGUACGGAACGCACUGAUCCUGAUCCUAUUUUGAAUACUUUGGAGUCGGAGGAAACAGUGUCUUUACUUCUAAGUACAAUUCUAUCUGAUCAACCAGUGGAGAGUAGUAUUGUGGGUGGAAUUGAAGUGCUUCUCGUACUGUUGAGCCAGGGAACAAAUAAUAUGUUAAGGGAACCAGAGUUGCAAGAGAAUAAUCCCUGUAAUGAUCCCACCGAUACCGUCGAUCGUGUGAAAAUUCAAAACGCGACUCUUCCGUACCUGGAGAAGUUCCAUAAACUUCUGUUAAACCCACCGCCUAAAGCGGCAGUAAGAACCACCGCAGGAUUGCUAGAGAAACCUCUCGGCAAUACACGGCUGCAUAUCGCAAAAUUAUUAUCUGCACUUCUAGCCACCGAGAAUGUUAAUGUGUUCCAGAAGUUAGCAGAACUAGGAACAUUCCAGACCCUAUUGGAUCUAUUUUUCAAGUACUCCUGGAAUAAUUUUCUUCAUACUCAAGUAGAGCAAUGCUUGGCCUUAGUAAUUAAUGGAAACUGGGAGGAAAAUAGCCAAUCUGUUUAUAUGCACAUAUUUUCCCAGUGUAAAUUAAUUCAAUGUAUCUUGGACGCAUGGACUGGUAAUGAUACUCAUCAGAACACGGAGAAGGGCAUACGCCAAGGCUAUAUGGGUCAUUUGAUUAAUAUAGCCAAUAAUAUUGUUCACCAAACCGAGAAGUGCGAGAAUUUGGACACAUUUUUAAAAGUCAAUAUCAGUAUGGAGUGCUUAGUUGAAUGGGAAAAACUGGUCAAUACUCAAUUGGCUGGAAUAAAUGAGACUCAUCAAAUUUUGCUGGGCGGAAAAGACCAAUCUUUUAUGACAUCUACAGAAGAUAAUUCCGAAGAAUAUUCUUAUUCUCAGGACGCCUACAUUCAACAGGUUUAUGCAAAUUAUCAGGGACAACUAAUGACGUCGCACUUCAUUGAAGAUUACGGCUUUCAUGAUGAUGAGUUUAAUGACGGGAAUGAUGCUCUUCAGCCAAGCAAUUCCGUCGAUCAAUUGACCACGAUGCCUUUCGCUUUGAGCGAGACAGAUCUUGCUAAAACGGAAGAUAUAUUUAAUAAGAUAUGUCAACAAAAACAAAAAUCAGGAUUAGACGAGGGUGGAGUUGAAUGGGGAGAUGAGGGAGACAUGACUUUUCAAACAGUCAUUGAUAAACGAGAUUGGCCUUUCAAACAGCAACGCCAUGAUUCUACAUCUUCUGAUGAAGACGAAGAAACGAAAGAUCUACACAUGGAGAUUGAUUCGUCUGAUCCUUGGGACUCAGCUGAGGCCAUUCCAAGUAAUAUUGUCCUCCCUCAAGUGAAUCCAUGGGACGUAGCGGUUUGUCAGUCCGAAGAAUCCGCAGGUUGGGCUAAUUUUGAUAAUUUCGAGAGUACGUUGAACAUAGCGAGUCCACCGGAAUCCCAGAAUGCUAAAGAAGCUGCUGAACAGGGAGCCAUAUCUGAAACAGCAGCUCCAGCAAGUCCAGCGACACUGAAUACAGCUGGGGAGAAUCAGCCAAUUGUCCAAGGAAGUCAAACAGACAAUGAGAAAAAAGAGAAGAGUAUUAUAGCUGACAGCCUUCCAGCGAACGAACCUGAGAGAAGUAAAAGCAAUGUCGAGGAACCAGAAGAUAAGCCACGUGCACUUACAGCGUUAUAAGAAGAAUUUUCAUCUACUAAUUAACUAUGAAUACUAAUACUACGUUAAUCUUGUGUAAAUUAAUUAGGAAGAAGGAAUGAAAACAUUUCAAUCGUUAUGAUGAAAUAAAAAAAAAUAGAAAGAUGUU